AUGGCCCAGGUAACGACAAUUGAUGUGAAGACCUUCCUUGGCCCGAUGGCAGUCGGUUCCGUGCUUUCAGGCGUCGUCUUUGGGUGUGCUGUCGUCCAGACUUACUCGUAUUACAAACGAUUCCCUAAUGACAACGGAUACAUCAAGGCGCUGGUAACUUUCGAAAUGACAUUGCAGACGAUACAUCUCAUCCUCUUGUUGGCUGGCAUGUGGCAUUUGGCGGUCGCGGAUUUCGGGAACCGCCUCGCGUUGCUUCUCUUCCCAGAAAGCUUGAACGUCACCUUAAUACUCUGUUCCCCCCUCGCGUUCGCUUCUCAGGCCUUCUUUAUCUUUAGGCUGUGGAGGCUCUCUCAGAACUUGGCACUUGUCGGAUUUUGCUUUUUGCUUGCAGCCGCCCGCUUUGCCUUCCACAUGGCAGUUGGCAUUGCUGCGUACCGCUUAAGGGAGAUCGCAUUGGUUGUGCAGCAGUGGAAGUGGUGUAUUACCACCAUGUUCGUCAUGUCGAUUGCGUGUGACAUCAUAGUUGCAGCUGCUGUGACCUACAUUCUGAAGGAGCAAAAGACAGAGUUCAGGCGGACUUCUCGGAUGAUCGACAAGUUGAUAUCAUAUUCCGUCGCAACUGGUCUCGUUACGAUCGGAGGCGAAUUAGCCCAGGCAUUAUGUUUUUGGACAAUGCCACACAAUUACAUCUGGCUGGGAUUCUAUGCUGUUGAAUCAGGCUUAUAUACAAACUCUCUUCUGGCAGCACUCAACAGCCGCUCUGUCUUCAGUCAGGUGUGGGCUACACAGCCAAGUACCGAUCCUGGCUCCCUUCCAAGCAGCCCCCCUCAAUUUAAUACCGGUGAUAAGGGGCCGUACUUCUCUAUUCACUCAGACGAGGAGCGAUCAGGACCGAAGGAGUUACCUAUUAAAGCGGUGUUUUGA